CUCUCUCUCUCUCUCUCUCUAUAUAUAUAUAUAUAUAUAUAUUUUUUUUUUUUUCCGCCAAACUCUCACUUUCUCUCGCGCCAAACCGCUGCAAUAUCCUUUGCUGUGGCCAAAUGUUCCAAACUCCGAAGUAAUAAGAUUUUUCUAUUCUGGGAUUAACCAAUUGGGUCUUCCUGACUGAACUACCUAUUCCAUUCUUUGGGAAGUUAUGGCAAUUUUGUUAUCUACGGCAACUCUGUUGAGCUUCAAGCUUCUCAACAGUCACUAUACAACACCAUACCAAACAACAAGACCAGCUCUUUUCACAGGGUUUAGUGUUCAGAAUAACGAACACAUUAAGAAAGUUUUAUUCAUUACAUGUGCUGCGAAGAACCAACCCAGCAUCCAACCAACCCAGAAAAUUCCUGGGAAAAUUUCACCAAGAAGAGGUGGUGGGAUUACAAACCCAGUUUUGAGUGAGGGAAGAGAUGAGGAUGAGAGCUAUGCACCUAUUUGCCCUGGAUGUGGGAUCUUUAUGCAGGAUAAGGACCCAAACCUUCCUGGGUAUUAUAGAAAAAGGGAGUUGACAAUACCAGAAUCGUCGGAUAGUGAGGAGGCCGUUGAAGGUAUAUUUGAAGAGUUUGAUGAUGAUGAAGAAGAAGAAGAAGAAGAAGAAGAGUAUUUGGAUGGAGUUGAGGAUAAAUAUGAAGACAGUGAGAAGGAAGAAGGUGAUUUGGGAAUUGGGGAUGGGUUUAAUUGGGAUUCUGAUGAAUGGGAAGCUAAAAUCAUGGCUGAGGAAGCAAAUGAUUUAGAGUUGGAUGGUUUUACUCCAGCUGGAGUUGGGUAUGGUAACAUCAGGGAGGAGACAAUAGAGAAGGCAAAGAGGAAAAAGGUGUCAAAAGCAGAAAAGAAGAGGAUGGCUAGGGAGGCUAAGAAGGAGAAAGAAGUGGUUACUGUUUGUGCCCGGUGUCAUUCCUUGCGGAAUUACGGGCAAGUGAAGAAUCAAGCUGCUGAAAACUUGAUACCUGAUUUUGAUUUUGAUAGGUUAAUUGCUACUCGGCUAGUAAAACCAUCUGGGAAUGGCAAUGCUAGUGUUGUUCUAAUGGUGGUUGAUUGUGUUGAUUUUGAUGCCUCCUUCCCUCUAAGGGCAGCAAAAUCAUUGUUUAAGACAAUCGAAGAAAGAAAAAAUGACCCUAAGCUAAGUAAAAAGCUACCAAAGCUCGUCCUUGUGGCUACAAAGGUUGAUCUCCUCCCAUCACAGAUAUCACCAGCUAGGUUAGAUAGAUGGGUUCGCCACCGUGCUCGGGCUGGAGGUGCUCCUAAACUAAGUGGAGUUUAUUUGGUUAGUGCUCAUAAGGAUUUGGGUGUGAGGAAUUUGCUUUCCUUCAUCAAAGAGUUGGCUGGCCCCCGAGGGAAUGUAUGGGUUAUUGGGUCUCAGAAUGCUGGCAAGUCUACUCUUAUAAAUGCAUUUGCAAAGAAAGAAGGAGCAAAAGUCACAAAGCUCACAGAAGCCCCAGUUCCUGGGACAACACUUGGGAUAUUGAGAGUUGGAGGAAUUUUAUCUGCCAAGGCAAAGUUGUUUGAUACUCCAGGACUUCUACAUCCAUAUUUAGUAUCCAUAAGAUUGAAUAGAGAUGAACAGAAGAUGGUUGAAAUACGGAAGGAGCUACGUCCUAGGACUUAUAGGAUGAAGGUGGGGCAGGCAAUACAUGUUGGUGGUUUAAUGAGACUAGACCUUGUUCAAGCUUCUGUGGAAACAAUUUAUGUUACAGUUUGGACAUCACCAAAUAUCUCUUUGCAUAUGGGGAAGAUAGAAAAUGCUGAAGAAACUUGGAGAAAACAUGUUGGUGUUAGGUUGCAGCCUCCUGUUGGCGUUGAGCGUGCUUCAGAAAUAGGCAGAUGGGAGGAUAGGGAAAUCAAAGUUUCUGGAUCAAGUUGGGAUGUAAAUAGCAUUGACAUUUCGGUAGCUGGUUUAGGUUGGUUGUCUUUAGGUCUCAAAGGAGAAGCAACUUUGACACUGUGGACAUUUGAUGGCAUUGAAAUAACUUUGAGAGAACCUUUGGUUCUUGACCGGGCAAAGUUUUUAGAGAGACCUGGUUUUUGGCUCCCUAAGGCCGUGUCUGAUGCCAUUGGCAAUCAAACUAAACUUGAAGCUCAGAGGAAAAAGGUCGAAGAGGAGAAUGCUGAGUCCCUUCUGGAAGUUUCUUCUUGAAGAGAGGAGGCACGUGACAUGUAUAGACACUCAGCGUUUGCUAAAGCUAUAGAAGCCAGCUAAAGCAUUUGACUAAAACAUGAGGAAUUUUUGGCAUCAGAAAAAUAUAUUACAUCUUAAUUUUUCUAUGGCUAGCGUAGAGCAUUGAAAUUUUGGUAGUGUGGGUUUACAUUUGUAUAUGAAUGUAAAGUAUCCUGGAUUGAAAGAAAAGAUUUAAGGAGCAGCUCCUUUUGGUGUGAACCGAAAUGAGAGGGUUAGGGACUGGCCGUGGUUCUGAAGUUUGGAGUCUUAUGUACCUUUUAACAUUAUACAUGAAUAUGUAUAUGUUAAAUUAUUUGUAUGAA